UACGGAGCAACUGGUGCAAUACAUCUGCCAUCACUUGACUAGCCAUUGUCCUUGGAGAUUUGGCUUGUCGACGCGCACGAUGGCAAACGGACGAUUAACCCCAACGGCGAGUGUCUGGCGCCAGAGUGGAAUCGCAGACACACAUAAUCAUCCGCGGAUCAUGCACGAUCCAACGGGAGGGAAGUUAGAGUCGGUGAGAUUUAAAGUGUGGAAAAAACCGAGACGAGAAAAGAAAAGAGAAAAGAGAAAAGAGAAAAGAGAAAAGAGAAAAGAGAACUUAAAAAGGAAAUUUGAAGAAAAAGGAGGAGUAGAAGAGGGAAGAGAUCGUUGUACGAUAAGGUACAAUAGUUAAGGAUGGAGGAGAAUAAAUUAGUAAGUGGAAGAAGACAGACAACGAUAACUGUGUUGUUGUUGUUGUUGCUGCUACUGCGGAGCGGUGGUACCUACGGUAGUCUUGAUAGUGCGGGCGGGCGGGCACUCAAUCCGUCAGUCAAUCAAUCAAUCAAUCAACCAGUUCAUCAAUCAGUC